AUGGCGAACCCUUUAAUCUACUUUUCAGGCUGUCUGUUCCUAUCUAUUCUCAUUAUUCUCAUCAAGUUCUUUAAUAAAGUAUGGUGGACUCCCAUUCGCAUCCAGUCUUUGAUGAAGUCACAGGGAAUCAGAGGCCCUUCUUACAGAUUUCUGCAUGGUAACACCAAAGAGAUCUCCACAAUGAUAAGAAAAAUUAGGAGCAGUCCCCAGGAAUUACUACAUCAUACAUUGCCCAUGGUUCAUCCCCACUUUUAUUCAUGGAUCAAGCUCUACGGGAUGAACUUCCUUCAAUGGUAUGGUCCCCAAGCACAACUGAUCAUCACUGAACCUGAGCUGGUCAAACAAAUAUUAAGCAACAAAGAUCGAGCGUACCCCAAAACGAAGGUCUCAAGUGAAAUAAAGAAGCUCCUAGGGGAUGGAAUUGUCUUAUCAGAAGGGGAAAAAUGGGUUAAACUCAGGAAGCUGGCCAACCACGCUUUCCAUGGAGAGAGCAUAAAAGGUAUGGUUCCAGAAAUGAUCGCCAGUUUAGAGAUUAUGCUUGAAAGAUGGAGACACCAUCAUAGCAAGGAGAUAGAUAUAUUUGUAGAGUUCAAGAUUUUAACAUCAGAAGUAAUUUCCAGGACGUCUUUUGGAAGCAGCUACUUGGAAGGGCAGCACGUAUUUGAUAUGCUUACGAGAAUGACUCACAUUAUUUCAGAAAACAAUUACAGAGUUAGAAUUCCUGGAAUGGGAAAAUUUGUUAAAGCGAGUUAUGAUAUUGAAUUUGAAAAUCUGGAAGCGAAGAUAAGAAAAUCAUUUAUGAACAUGAUGAAGAGAAGAGAGAAAGACGCUACGUUGGGAGAACUGGAUGGCUAUGGACAUGAUUUAUUUGGAUUGCUCCUAAAGGCGUAUCAUGAUUCGGAUGAGACCAGGAAAAUAUCAUUAGAUGACCUGAUUGAUCAGUGCAAGAAUUUUUAUCUAGCUGGGCAAGAAACAUCAGCAAGCGCACUUACCUGGAUUGUUUUUCUUCUAGCAGUCCACUCAGAUUGGCAAGAUAAAGCAAGGAAAGAGGUGCUUGAAUUAUUUGGCCUACAAAUUCCAAGUCAAGAUCGCAUUGCAAAAUUGAAAAUUAUGGGCAUGGUAAUUAACGAAUCUCUAAGACUAUAUACUCCUAAUGCUAUUCUGAUGAGGAGAGUUGAAAGGGAAACUAAAUUGGGAAAAAUAACUGUUCCAGCGAAUACUGAAGUUUACAUUUCAACUUUAGCAGUUCAUCAAAAUCCUGAAAUAUGGGGAGAAGAUGCUCUUCUUUUUAAACCAGAGAGAUUUGCAGACGGGGUGGUUAAAGCUACAAACAAUAACAUAGCUGCGUUCAUGCCAUUUGGUCUGGGACCUCGAAAUUGUGCGGGGAUGAACUUUGCUAUCACAGAGACAAAGUUAGCACUCUCUAUGAUCCUGCAACGUUACAGUUUUACUCUCUCACCAACUUAUGCCCACUGCCCAACUGAAGUUCUAACAAUGUGCCCCCAACAUGGAGUUCAAGUCAUUCUCCAACCAUAUGAACAUAUCGCUCUCAAAGUAUAA